AUGCGGGUCGCUGCAGGGGCCCGAGGCGACACGCGCCUGCAGGAGGUGGCACUCCUGCCGCAGCUCUUCGAUCUGCUUGUCCUUGGCCAGCAGCGCGCUCGCCUGCUCCGACAGGUCCUGGGCGCGCUGGCGGGCAAAGGCUUGGCAUAGCUCCAGGCCGGCGCAACUCUCGCCGGGCACAGGCGCGCUCACCGCCCGAAGGAGCUUGAAGAAAUCCGCAAAUGUGGGAUGAAAAACUUCCGUAACAUCCAGGUUGAUGAAGCUAAUUUAUUGACUUGGCAAGGGCUUAUUGUUCCUGACAACCCUCCAUAUGAUAAGGGGGCCUUCAGAAUCGAAAUCAACUUUCCAGCAGAGUACCCAUUCAAACCACCGAAGAUCACAUUUAAAACAAAGAUCUAUCACCCGAACAUUGACGAAAAGGGGCAGGUCUGUCUGCCAGUAAUUAGCGCUGAAAACUGGAAGCCAGCAACCAAAACCGACCAAGUAAUCCAGUCCCUCAUAGCACUGGUGAAUGACCCCCAGCCCGAGCACCCGCUUCGGGCUGACCUAGCUGAAGAAUACUCUAAGGACCGUAAAAAAUUCUGUAAGAAUGCUGAAGAGUUUACAAAGAAAUAUGGGGAAAAGCGACCUGUGGACUAAAAUCUGCCACGAUUGGUUCCAGCAAGUGUGAGCAGAGGCCCCGUGCAGUGCAUUCAGACACCCCGCAAAGCAGGACUCUGUGGAAAUUGACACGUGCCACCGCCUGGCGUUCGCUUGUGGCAGUUACUAACUUUCUACAGUUUUCUUAAUCAAAAGUGGUCUAGGUAACCUGUAAAGAAAGGAUUAAAAAUUUAAGAUGUUCUAGUUCUGCUCUCUUUGUUUUAAAAAUCACUGCUUCAAUCUAUUCCAAAAGAAUGGUGUUUCUUUUCUUGUCCAAUUUUAUCCAAAAUCUUCAAGUUGCAUUUAGCCCAUAAUGUUUAAAAAAAAGGAAAAAAAAGGUUGUGGUUCCCUUUCUUCCCUACCCUUGCCACUCCCACUUUCUGGCACCGAGUUUAUUUUUCACUUACUUCCCCAGACCCGGGGCCCGCCUCCACAAAAGAGAAGAGACUGCCCUGGCGGUCCUGGUGGCUUUUCUUAGCACGUGUGGGACUGUUGCCCAGUGUGGGAGUUGGUUUAAAUUCUCCUGACUCCAGUUUAUAACAUCCUUUAAAAAAUUUUAAAAACAAACAGCCACACCCCUCCUCCAGUCCUUCUCCUCAGUUCUUGUGUGAAUCUCCAGCUGAUGUUACCACAGUAACAUCAGUUAAUUGGGCAAGCUCUGAUGUCAGUGUGUGUAACUGACCUCUGGCCUGGCCUGCACAGACAAACCCUAUAAUCACAGGUCUGUGGUGGCCCCGAAAUGAGGGGCCUGCUAGUCAGGAGGAUGCUGUGCACACUGUGUGUGAUGAAUCUCGCCAGAAAGGCUCCUGAUGUCCCAGGUUGGCACUUCCUCCUGCAGCCAUUGUAGAAGAUCUGCUGGUCCUUGCAGGCAAAGCUACAGCCAGAAUGUCCGUUUGAAAUUCCCAGCUCAUCUGUCACCGAGUUUCAUCUGAAUGUGCCACGGAGCUUGCUCUCCGCUUCCUCUGUGCAGCGGCCCCACCACAGCCCUCCCUCGGCACACUUUGACCCUUUGUAGGAUUGGAAUUAGCAGGACUCGGCUAUUUAAAGCACCAGUCUGGGGUCUCCUGGGCCCCUGCUGACCCCUUCCUCCAGAGCAGCUGGCCCAGCCCGGGAACAAGACGGACUUCCUCUCCCUUUGGACUCACAUCCUUUGCAGAGUCAAGCUCCACUUGAAGCUCACUCAGUAAUAUCCUUUCAAUGUGUUUUAUAUUGUUUUGACUGCCUUUUUUUGUAGAAAUAAAAAUUGACCUUAGAAUUUAUCAUCAGAUAAA